UUUUUAAUUCAUUAAAUUUAUUUUCCAAAGCUACCAAUUUGACUUUAGCUUAUCUUUAAUAUUUUUUACAAACACCAUCAUCCCUUUUAAUUUCUAAUACACCUUUUAGCUAUUUUUACAAAAACCACUCCAGAUAUAGAACACAGAGAUUUUCCCGAACAAUCCUUUUCCAUAAGCUUCAGCUAAGCUUCAACAGUUGCUCCUUUUCCAAUUUUGUGCUCAUAAUAAAUGUAGGGGGUGUAGGUGAAUACCAUAGUUCCCAAAUUAUAUCAGCCUAAUAGCCCAAUUAUAAAAGUUUCUACCGAAAGUAUUGUUCUUCUACACACUGGAGGAGGAUUGAUUUCCUUUUCCUUCAUUCAGUGUCUUUCGGUGCUCCAUUUGUCCUGUUUAUAUGAAAUUCUGAAAUACCCAAGUAAAAAGAAUCUAAUUAUCAGAAAGAACGCUUAAAAUGAUGUGUAGAAACAGCUGGGAGUGCAUUGGAGAUUUCUUUGAUGAUUUUGAGGUUGGAGGUUUUGGUCUUGGAUGACUUGGGCUUUCCAAUCCCGCUUCUGUUCUUUACAGGAUGAGUCUGAAUUUGAAUUUUUCAUUUGAAAAGAAGACGGGGUCAUGUUAAGUCCAAUGGACGUAAGAAAGCUCUUAAAAGCAUCAUCUGGUGCGAAAAAUCUCAAAUUUGGUAAGAGCAUUCAUGCCCAUCUCGUUGUCUCCAAUCAAAUUUCUCGAGACCGCGUGAUCGAGAGGAAUUCCUUGAUAAAUGCUUACUCGAAGUGCGGUGACAUAGCGAGUGCUCGCCUACUGUUCGAUAGAAUGUGGAAGAAGAACGUUGUUUCGUGGGGUAGUAUAAUGGCUGGGUAUUUGCAGCAUGGGUGUGCUUCAGAGGUUAUAGAGCUGUGUAGGUACAUGGUUAAAGUGGAUAAAUUAUGCCCGAAUAAAUAUGUAUUAGCAACUGUUCUUGCAUCCUGCUCGAAUUGUGGGUUGCUGGAUCAAGGUCAACAAUGUCAUGGGUAUGCGUUAAAAUCUGGAUUGAUCUUUCAUCAGUAUGUGAAGAAUGCACUUGUAAACAUGUACUCGAUGCUCUCUGAUGUGAAGGAGGCUGUGCGGGUUAUGAAUUCCACCUCAAGAUCAGAUAUUUGUACCUAUAAUUCUGUGUUGAAGGGACUCUUGGAUCAUGGGGAUUCCAGAGAAGCAUCAUACGUUUUGCGGAGUAUGGUGGUUGAAUGUGAAUCUGAUGAGUGGGACAGUAUAACUUGUGUUAAUGUGUUUGGAGUCUGUGGAAGUCUUAAGGAUUUAGAUUUGGGAAGACAAGUUCACAGCAGAAUACUGAAGACUGGUGUGGACUGUGAUUUGUUUGUAGGUAGUGCCACUGUGGAUAUGUAUGGAAAAUGUGGUGAAAUCUCAUCUAUGAGAAGAGUUUUUGAUGUGUUGCAUACUAAAAAUGAGGUUACUUGGACAGCGGUAUUGACUGCUUAUUUACACAACGAAUGCUUUGAAGAAGCACUCAAACUAUUUCUAGAAAUGGACCUUCAAAAUGUUGUACCAAAUGAAUACACAUUUGCAGUGGUUUUGAACUCAUGUGCUGGUAUCUCGGCGCUUGGAUAUGGCAAUUCAUUACACGCACGUGCUGAGAAGAUGGGAAUGAAGGAUCACACUGUUGUUGGUAAUGCUCUGAUCCAUAUGGCUACAAGGUGUGGCCUCAUUGAUGAUGCAAAUACUGUGUUCAGGAAUAUGUUACAUCGAGAUGUCAUAUCGUGGAACUUAAUGAUAACUGGUUACUCGUAUCAUGGGCUUGGCGAGGAAGCCCUGGAUGUGUUUCAACAGAUGUUAAUAGCGAAACACCGACCAAGUUAUGUAACCUUCGUCGGCGUGCUCUCAGCCUGUGGCUUCUUGGGACGUGUAGAUGAAGGUUUCUACUAUCUGAAUCAUAUGAUGAGGGAGUUUGACAUUGAACCUGGAUUAGAGCACUACACCUGUAUUGUUGGGCUUCUGGCUAGGGCAGGAAGGCUAGACGAGGCAGAGAAUUUCAUGAGAUCAAUCCCAAUCAAAUGGGAUAUUGUUGCCUGGAGAACUUUGCUUAAUGCUUGUCAUGUCCAUCAGAACUAUGGUUUAGGAAAGACAGUUGCAGAUACUGUGCUGCAUAUGGACCCCAGUGAUGUGGGAACUUGUAUACUGAUGUCAAAUAUGCAUGCCAAAGCAAAGAGAUGGGAUAAAGUUGUGGCGGUUCGAAAGUUGAUGAGAGUAAAGAACAUAAAGAAAGAGCCUGGAUUGAGCUGGACAGAGAUAAGGAAUGAGACACAUGUCUUUGUUUCAGAUGACACUAAACAUGUCGAGUCUGUACGAAUUCGUGAGAAAGUGAAGAAAUUGUUGGUAGAAAUUAAACCUCUGGGUUAUGUUCCUGAUAUUGUUUCCGAGUUGCAUGAUGUGGAAGAGGAACAGAAAGAAGAUCACAUCAGUUAUCACAGCGAGAAGUUGGCUAUAGCAUAUGCUAUUAUGAAAACACCUCCAGAGGCACCAAUUCAUGUGAUUAAGAACCUAAGAAUAUGUGAUGAUUGCCACUCUGCUGCUAAAUUUAUCUCAAAGCUCACAAAGAGAACAAUAGUUGUAAGAGAUGUUAAUCGGUUUCAUCAUUUCAGAGAUGGUUACUGUUCAUGUGCUGACUACUGGUAAAAUAUAGUCUUAACUUCUCUUGAUAUGACGGAAGAGUAAGGGAGAAGGCCUGCUACAUUGUAUAGGCCACUUAAUACUAACCACUGAGCAAUUUCACUUGAAGAGGCCUUUUAGCUGCUUCUUCAUCAUCUCCAAAGCCGCAUAGUGCUCCAUUUGUUUCGACACUAGACAAAAGAAUGCAGUUGGUUAUAGAGUUCCCAAUCAGAAUGGCAGGUAAGCAACAAACAAAGAUCUUGAGCUUUUCCUGAAGUAGGAUUGGUUUGCAUGAGGGUGAGUUGUCAGAAAGAAGUUCAAAUAUCUUCUUGCAAUUUCUUUUGAUCCCAGCGGACUUUCUCCCUGAUCUGAUUAUUUUCAUUUUAAGCGUCAUGUGCUGCUGGAACAAAGAAUUAUUUUUCCUCUCUUUCAUUUAUCUUUUAUUGUGGUUCAGAGGAAACAUGGACUUACGCUCUCUUGGAGGAAAAAUUAUAGCGUUCACACUUCUGCCUGGAAAUAUCAGAGGAUGCUCCUGAGUUGCUAACGUCGUUUUGAAGCGGAGAAAAGCUGUCGAACUCCUGGAUUUUCAUAUCCUAGAAACACUUGUUUUGAUGUGCUCUCCACAGCAUUUGCAGCAUCAUCCUCAGAGCAAGACGUAACCAGACUGUAACUUAAUUGGCACAUUGAGCAACAUCACACGGUGAGUUGAAAUCCUUGAGAUUACAAGAUAAUGCAAUCGAA